AUGGCGACCCCGGAUUACCCUCUCCACCAGAGCGUCUUCUGCGGGGACGUGAAGCAGGUUUCUAAGUUGAUCAGGACUUGUGAUGUCGCUCAGAAGGAUAUCCAUGGUAACACACCUCUCCAUAUUGCAAUCAUGCUGGGCCACAAAGAAUGCGUGCACUUACUCCUGGCUCAUGGUGCUCCUGUCAAGUUGAAGAACGCCUUGGGGUGGACUCCUCUUGCUGAAGCUAUCAGUUAUGGAGACAGACAGACAAUUUUAUUACUUCUGCGCAAGUUAAAACAACAAUCUAGAGAGGCCUUAGAAGAGAGACGACCCCACCUGGUUCAGGCACUGAGGGCCAUUGGGGACUUUGACCUUGAACUCAAAUGGGAUUUUCAGAGCUGGGUGCCUCUGGUAUCAAGAAUGUUACCAUCUGAUAUAUGCAGGAUACGCAAGAAAGGGUCCAGAAUUCGGUUAGAUACAACAUUGGUAGACUUUACAGAGAUGCGCUGGGAACGAGGGGACAUAACUUUCCUCUUCAAUGGAGAGGCCAAACCGCAGCACAGUUUAUCAGUAUUAGACAACAAAUCUGAAGUCUAUCAGCGAGUCAGAUACGAGGAUAGUGACGUGGAGUUGGAGGAGGAAGUUGAUAUUUUGAUGAGCAGUGAUGUUGUUGCAGCCCAGAUGUCAACAAAACGGAUCACUUUUUCCAGAGCUCAGAGCGGGUGGCUGUUCAGGGAAGAUAAAUCGGAAUUGGUGGGAGAGUACAGAUCUGAUUUCUACAGUGUAAACAAUCUUAUUCUGGAAUCCAAGAAAAGACGUGAACAUCUGUCAGCAGAAGAUAUAAAAAAGAACAAAGCCAUCAUGGAAAAUAUCAGCAAAGGAGCAUGGGAUAGCGCAGAAGCUUCGUCCAACGGAUUUGAAAGAAGACAUUCCUUGCAGACACCAGACAAGCCUUCCUAUGUCUGGAGUGAUUACAUAAGUGCCCCAGAAGGACAGCCUCCCUGUCUAGGCAGGCCCUGGAUUUCCAAAGAGAAUUCAAAAGCUUUCAAAGCAACAGUUGCAAUGGUAAAAUAUUGUAGUGACAUUUAUGUUCCUAGGCUGCUUGAUGUUCUAGAAGUGGUAGCCCCAUUCAAACAGUUUCAGAAGCUAAGGGAUUUCAUGACCUCUAAACUUCCACCAGGUUUUCCAGUUCGAAUAGAAAUACCAGUCUUUCCAACAAUCACUGCAAAAGUCACCUUCACCAAUUUCCAGUGGAAGGAUGACCUUGACAGAAGUCUCUUCUCCAUACCAGCCCACUACCGAGAGGAUCCCGGACGCUUUCCCGACUUGUGA